GUUGUAUUUAUGCAGCUAGAUAAAGGACAGUAAAACUAGUUUGUUGCUCACACUGUCUUGAUCCGGAUCUAGCACGUACCACUAGGAAACCAAGGCUAUAUGAUGCCUUUUUUCAACAGAAACAUGUGUAAUUAUCCCGGAAAUUACACUGAGUUGAUUCGAAUUUUAUUGUGAAAAUUGGACAGGAAGUACCUCAUCGCGUACCCUUUUGUAACAAAAAAUGCAUUAUACCUGCGUUUUUGAAUUUCUAGCAUUGUAAAGAACUUGGAAAAAGUAUAUAAGAUGGCAAAAACCAUUCAGGGUGGAAAUAAGUGGACACAGGCGUCUUCAGUGACGGAGCCACUGAACCUUUCGAAACCCAAGUCCGACCAGCCGACCGACACGGUAAAACAAACAUUGAAAUCACUGAUCAAGUCACGGAGAAUUGCAGAAGGAAAGAGCGAUUUGCAUGUUGAUUUUACUGUGGAAAAGUCAAGAUGCGAGUUAACCCCAGAGGAGAAAACAAAGCAGAGGGAAAGGAAAGAACAAAACCGUCGAGCAGCAAUGAGGUGUAGGGAACGUAAAAAAGAAGAACUAAAAUGUUUGCAAAAAGAAGAAAAUUCAUUGAGGCAGCGUCGUCAGAUUUUAAUGGCUAGAGUUGAAAACUUGCUUAUUGAAAAGGAGAAACUUCUCCAGACUAUCCGCUCUUCUGGCCAUGUCUCUUCUUGUUCCUGUGCAAAUUCAGAGGGAGGCUGCAUUAACUGCUUGUCUAUCAGUAACACAAGUGUGCAUUCUGAAUCCUCCAGCAGUCCAAGAAAUGGCCCUGAAGCAAUGAUUAUUGCUCCAGAUAGCUGUGGCAGUGAUACAGACAGUGGUAAUGAAGAUGAUGAUGAUGAUGACGAUGAAGCUGAUCGUCUUUAUAUUGAUACUAGUGCAAGGGAAGAGGAUUCUGAGGUUCUUGAUUUGAGUUUUUCAAAGGAGAAAUAUGUCCACAUGGAAUUAACAGACUCAGACAGCCAGCCCUGCAGUUCACAGGAAAGCACUUCCAGUCAGAAAUUUAGCCUGUACAAAGUGGUCAAGCCAGUAGCAUUAUAUUCCAAUAGCCAUAGUGAAGCAUUGAGUAAAAUUUCUGUAUCUAGUGUCUUUGAAGUUAAAGAGGAGCAAACAGAGAUGGAAGAUUCAGACUAUGUUAUGAGUUCACAGGAGAGUACCCAUUCAAUUUACAGCUCCCAAGACAGCAUUGAUGGAAGCUUUUUGAAACAUGGAGGGCGAACUUGUGAUGUUUCUUGUGACUGACAUUUAGAUAAACUGUAAAUAUAAGGCUUUUUUUUGCAUUCACCUGUAUUAAAUUCUUUUCAGUUUGGUCCUCAGAAUAAUGCUUAACUAUUUCUAAUCAAAGCUUGUUUUCGUCACUUUGGGAAACAAAGUUCAAUUUUCUCUAAAAUUUUUAUUCUCAGGAAAUGAUGAUUAAUAAUGAUGUGAAUCCUUCACAUGGUCACAGUGUAUUAUUUAAACUAAAUGUUUUCAAUUUAAAAAAAAAAUGAUUUAUCAAUACAUAUAUUUUAAUUUACAGAAAAUUGCAAGUUUUUGUAUAAAAUGGAAAGAUAGAGAUAGCCAUAAAUUAUGUAGACAGAAUCUUUAGCCAGGUUAAAUAUCCAGUAGUAAAUGAAAUCCCUUAGUGCCAAGGUGUAUAGAAAUAAUGAGUGUUUUUAAAAUUUACCACUUUGUGGGUAGGUGUAAAUACCCAUGAAUUGCAUUUUUUUGAAGAAGUAAGUCAGAACAAAUACCCAUUUAUGUGUGAAGAAUUUCAAUUACUUUAUAACAUGAUUGAAAUGAUGAUCAAAAAAGGUGAGUACUGUGGCCUCUGGGCCUCUGGCUUUGCAUUUUGUAACCUUUUUUUUUUCAAAGGUAAGCACUUAUUAGGUCACCUUUUUCACUUAGGUAACCUAUUGUUAUCUGUUUUUGUCAUUGUGUAAUAUGUUUUGGUAGUGAA